AUGGUUAAGGACCUUGAUCCUGAUGACCUAAAAUUUACGAAUAAUAAUGGUGUCCCUUUGCACAUUGUGGGAUGGCUUACCAGUGGGAUUUUUACACUCCAAGCUUCUAUUAUUACUUUAUAUUUAAUAAAACAGCAUUGGAAAUAUUAUUAUGAGCCAAGUCAACAAAGAUACAUAGUCCGACUACUUUUAAUUGUUCCCAUGUAUACAAUUUUAAAUUGGUUAUCAUAUUUUUUCUUUCGUGCUUCCGUAUACAUCGAUACUCUCAGAGACGCUUAUCAAGCCUAUGCCAUAAUUAGUUUCUUUAAUCUUCUUCUUCAAUGUUUGGGAGAAAAUGAUGAUAUUCGUAUGCAAAAAUUAAGCAAUAUAAAAUCUACUAGAUCACCAGUACCGUUUUGUUGUAUAUAUUUCAAUCCGAGCGAGCAUAAAACACUUCUUAAACGAUUGAGGAUUGGUAUAUUACAAUAUGUAUUUAUAUUAUAUGCCACCACCUUUAUUGCGUUGAUAUUACAAGCCGCAGGAGUUUAUUGCCAGCAAUCGUAUUCUAUAUAUUUUCCUCAAAUUUAUUUAAUGACUGUGCAAACAAUUUCAGGAUUCAUCGCAAAUAUAUGUAUGAAUAUGUUGUUCAUGCCUGUUCAAGAGAUCCUCGCUAAUGAUUAUCCUUGGUUUUUGAGAAAUAUAUGUGUAAAUACGGUACUUUUCUUAGUUACUUAUCAAGGUCAUGCCUUAGGAUUUCUCGUAUUCUUGGGGUAUAUUCGAGAAACAAAGUAUUGGACUGCACACAACAUUUCAACGGGAAUACAAGCAGUCAUGGUAUCUAUUGAAUUCACUAUACUAUCAUUAAUCCAAAUGAGAGCAUUUCGUUACAAAGAUUACCGUCCGGAUUCUCGUGAACCAACCCUAAUUUUAGAAUCCAUGAAAGAUGCAUUGAUUCCCAUUGAUUUGUAUCGUGACUUUAUUCAUGCAAUUCGAUAUAUCUAUAAUCGAGCGUUGAGAAGACCGACAACAUCAGAUAUUUGGCCUAACGAUAGACCAACUGUUGAACCAACACCUCCUCCAAAACCGACUUUCUUUGAUCGAUUUACGAAUCUAUUCAUGAAACCUUGGUAUAGGCCGCAAGAAAAUGUUCCUAUACAACCGCAAAAACCACCAACACCGGUUCAUAAGAUUAAAAUUGGGAAUAUGGAAGUCUUAUGGAAGAAAAAACAAACCAAUAAGGCUAAUGAUAAUAAAGUGUAA